AUGAAGGACCUGGGAGCCCAGGAGGCCAUCUAUGUAGCAGGAGACAUUAUUUCUGGUCCAUCCUGUAUUUGUCCAGGUUGUAGCUAAGAUGAAGGACCUGGGAGCCCAGGAGGCCAUCUAUGUAGCAGGAGACAUUAUUUCUGGUCCACCCUGUAUUUGUCCAGGUUGUAGCUAAGAUGAAGGACCUGGGAGCCCAGGAGGCCAUCUAUGUAGCAGGAGACAUUAUUUCUGGUCCAUCCUGUAUUUGUCCAGGUUGUAGCUAAGAUGAAGGACCUGGGAGCCCAGGAGGCCAUCUAUGUAGCAGGAGACAUUAUUUCUGGUCCACCCUGUAUUUGUCCAGCUUGUAGCUAAGAUGAAGAACCUGGGAGCCCAGGAGGCCAUCUAUGUAGCAGGAGACAUUAUUUCUGGUCCAUCCUGUAUUUGUCCAGGUUGUAGCUAAGAUGAAGAACCUGGGAGCCCAGGAGGCCAUCUAUGUAGCAGGAGACAUUAUUUCUGGUCCAUCCGGUAUUUGUCCAGGUUGUAGCUAAGAUGAAGAACCUGGGAGCCCAGGAGGCCAUCUAUGUAGCAGGAGACAUGGGGAAACCAGAGGACUGUGAGAGGACCAUUCAAACAGCAAAGGAAAAAUUUGGUGGUUUGGACUAUCUAGUUAUAAACCACGCGAGCUUGAGUACAUUAAAGAAGAAAAACAAGAGUCCAUUUUGGGACGGUGACAUGGAUAUCCUGCAUGCUGAGGUAACCACCAACUACAACAGCUACAUCCAGCUGGCAUCACUGGCACUACCGCUUCUUCACAAGACAAACGGCAGUCUGGUCAUUGUCGGCUCAAUGGCUGGAAAGAUUGCGAGUCCUUUUUCCACUUUCUACGCGGGCACUAAGUUUGCCCUGGAUGGAUUUUUCACCUCCUUGCGUCAGGAGUUGGUAAUGCAGGGUGUCAACGUUUCCAUCACGUACUGUGUCAUUGGCUUAGUGGACACUGGCCUGCCAGCAAAAUUCAAAGAAAUGUUCGGCUUUCUUAUGGACAUCCCAGCGGCACCACCUUCGGACUGUAUGGAGCGCCAACGGUGUCAAAAGAAGAAAAAUCGUCGCGAGGAAAGAAAACGCGGAGAGAGAUAA